AUGGAUACUACGCAAACUAUGAUGGAAAAAAUCGCUGAUGAUACACUGUUUACGUUAUCUGAAAUAAAUACUAAGAUUCCUUCUGCAGACUUUCGUCAUCAUCUUAAAAAACAGAAAAUGCCU